GCGAGAGUGCUCAUAUGUAUGCAUAUAGAUAGUUGAUAUCUAUUCUACCUAGACAUAAACAACUAGUAUUAACGUGUGGUGCAUACCUUCACACCUUCACACACUUCAACGAGAUAAUGUGUUGCAGAGAGAGGUGACAUACAACACAGUGCUGGCUACUAUAUACUAUAAAAUAAUAGGAGCAGAUCAUAAUGGCUGGGCCUGAGGCGACGGCCGCCUAUCAAGGGUUUGAUGCACCCUCACCGGUUGGUGUCGAUAAAGACUUCUACGCCUUCAAACCCUCUGGUCACGAUAACACCCCUGCCUUAGCACCAGGCCAACCGCCGGUGUUACUGGCGACGGAAAUCAAACAACUCGUUGAGAGGCACAACUUGACAGCUCUGUUUGCGCACCACAAGAAGGAUUAUAACCCCAGGCCCUCUAUGUAUGCACUUGUCGACCACCUUCCGGGAAUACCUGUACUCUCCGACACCCUCUUCCCAGGGGACUGUAUUAAACCCAACGAAGGCCUUAAGUCUGCCUCUGGUGCCACAUUUAGCAUAGAUGUCAGCGGCGAUCUGUUAAUCACAAUGAAUGACAAUCGCGUGUGGGAGCCCAGAACUUCCGGUCUCGGCGGUACUGCGCUGUUUCUGACCGAGGAAGGCAAGUUGUCGCUGGUGAACGCUCAGGGUGCUGUCGUAUGGUCGGUCCAACCUGAAGAUCCCGAGAUCACAAAGCCUGUCAAAUGUAAGCUUCGGUAUGACGGUAAUCUGGUCAUCAUCGACAAGCGGAAUUCAAUCGUAUGGGACAGUAAAUCUGGUGAUCCUCAAUUGUUAGAAGAGGCUGAGAAGUACGAGAGGCAGUCAUGGCUGUACUCUUUGAUUGAGACCCCCAACAUGUCAAACCGGGCCCUGGAACCACUUGAUCCGUCGCGGAUGGCCAGUGUUUUCAAGCUGGAACCACGCACAUCGGCCGGCAGGAGACCCAUGGCGACGGAUAGACACGGGGCACGGCCCGCCACUGAUAGCCACCGACACCACGCUACCGGAGGACACCGUACACAUACCAGGGACGAUCCUCGAGGUCACUCUGAGAGUGGAGAACCCCACAGGAAGAAGGUCAAACGGGAAAAGAAGGAUAAGAAGGAGAAAAAAGCCAAGAAAUCCAAGUCGGCGCACAAACACAGGCACAGUCAUAAUACUGGGCAGGAAGGACCACCCCCAGCGCCCGGGUGAUGCACAUAACCACACCCCAAUACCCAGUCGGUCGUGCGGCUCAUGCCUCUACCUUGGCCAUAAGAAUGCACCCACGCGGCUAUAUCCGGUGUUGUUUACGGGCUACCAUUGGUGAUCGUGGCUGUCUCAGCAGGCUAGAAUCUGCUGUCCAGCUGCACAAAAAUGCACAGAUUAUUCCGGUUAUUGCGUUCUUGCCGAGUCACACUGGGUCGUAAGCCAUCGGCCUCCCCAAGUGGGUGCCUCAGAGCUAGCACAGGUCUAUGCAACACGCCAAUCGACAAAUGCUCUGCUGUUUUAAGAGUCGCGAAAUAAGGAGGCGCAGCCGAAAUCACAAAUCACACAGCGGAAUUUGCGGGGCUACUGUUGGUAGCCGCUAGGGGGUGUCACUUGGUCUGAGCAAAAAAAAAACAUACUAUUUUUAGGAUCUUAUAGACUAUCAGGGACAGAGUACACAACUUUAUUUUGUGUAUAUCACGAACAGUAUUUUCGUACGGCGAUUUAUGGUUCUGCCUUUGGAAUAAGAUGUGCCGAUGGGUGUCCUUUUGAUAUAUAUAUAUAAAUAAAAUACAAUAUAAUAUUAUAAUAUAUAUA